CUUGCACUCUCGCCAUAUUUUCAAUCAGAUGCAUCUCACACAGCCUGAUUUGGGAAUUAAUUAAACACAAGGUCCUGGCAAAAGAGGUGUAAAACUCUCACGAUCUUCGUUAGAAAUAAGGAAGAAGCUCAAGAUUAGGUUGCGAGUAAAUUUUAUAUCUUUUCAUUUUGCCAAUAUGAACAUCUUCAGGCUGACAGGGGAUCUCUCUCAUCUGGCUGCUAUCAUCAUCCUGUUGCUCAAAAUAUGGAAGAGCAGAUCGUGUGCAGGUAUCUCCGGGAAGAGCCAAAUCCUGUUUGCUUUAGUGUUCACCACUCGCUACUUGGAUCUGCUCACCUCCUUCAUCUCCUUGUACAACACAUUCAUGAAGGUGAUCUACAUUGCCUGCGCAUAUGCCACAGUGUACCUGAUCUACAUGAAGUUCAAGGCCACCUAUGAUGGAAAUCACGACAGCUUCAGAGUCGAGUUUCUGGUUGUGCCUGUCGGCGGCCUCGCUGUUCUCAUCAACCAUGACUUCUCGCUCCUAGAGAUCCUGUGGACAUUCUCCAUCUACCUGGAGUCGGUGGCAAUCCUGCCCCAGCUCUUCAUGAUCAGCAAGACAGGCGAGGCUGAGACGAUCACCACCCACUACCUGUUCUGCUUGGGUCUCUAUCGAGCCCUCUAUUUGUUCAACUGGGUCUGGCGUUUCUACUUUGAGGGCUUCUUCGACAUGAUUGCCAUUGUGGCCGGUGUGGUCCAGACUGUCCUCUACUGUGACUUCUUCUACCUUUAUGUCACUAAAGUGUUGAAAGGCAAGAAGUUGAGCCUGCCGGCGUAAGCACUACAGAGGGAGGCAGCGACUCCCAGCAGACUCAGGGAGCGUGGAGAUAACACCGAGGAAUCCCGCUUACCGAGCAAAGGAUGACUGAGACAGAGAGCCAAUGGAGGGGGAAGAAACACUAGUCUAAUUGAAGAUAACUGAUGGAACUGGUAAAUGCCAACAAGCUCCAGAGCUGAACAAAGAUCAUCCCAGGCCAACACUCAACCUUUGGAUUUCUGUGUUCAGCAUCUCGCCUUAAACUUUUUUUCAUUGCUGUUCAAAUAGGAGAAAAUGCUUUUUUUCUACAUGUGAGGUGUAUACUAUGUUUUUUUUUUCUCUCUUUUGUUUUUUGUUUGUUUUUUUUUUUAUUAUUAUUACAAUGUCACAAGUAGGGUUGACUCCAGGAGACAUACCUUGUUGAACUCGGUAAUAAAAUGCACAAAUGUUCAGUCUUACUAAAGAUUGAGAUAAAGAAUAAAUGUAUCUGAGUGCCUGAUAAGGAUUAAUGUCCAGUUUCUGAGACAGUAUUUUUUUUUUAAUCCAUAGCUUAGGGUUCAUAUUUUUUUGUCCAGAAAAUUGUUUGCAUACAAUUUUUGUUACUAGUAAUAUUACACAUCUGUUUUGUGUGCCCUUACUAAACCUUUUUGAGGCCUAAAUGAAGGUUUUCAUUCCAAAAAACGGAUAUAUCGCCAUUUGUAAGACUUGUCAGUAUUUCAAAAUACACAAUUCUUUCCUCAAAACAGCUAUUUUGUAAGAUUCCUAACCUCAGUAACCUGUGGCAUGGUUAAUUUCUUGUCAACACUGUCAGAGUAUUUCUGGUUAUUUUCAAAUGGUGGAUAUCUUCAUUUUGAAUGAAACCUCUCAUGCAUUUGCUGAUCAUUUGCCCUUUUGCCUCAGCAUAUUGUACAGAAGUACCUAAUGCUUUUGUUCUACACCUGCAAUAUAAAUUUCCUACACACCUAAAUGUGCUGCACUUCAUGUUUUUUGGAUGCAGAUGAAGAGCACAAACUUGUGUUUCUGCUGUUGCACCACAGGAACAAACCAGUGUAAGAAAACCAUCCAACAAUAAUCUUAAGGUUUAAAGUCAUCUAUGUCACAGAUUGUUUCAAUGAUUGAUUGAUUGAUACACCUCCCAUACUGGGACAAGAAGGCAAUAACUAAUGUGUGGGCACUUGGUAUGAAAAUACCAGGAUUUGACAAUUGUAUGAUCAUGAUUUCCAAUGGUGCAUUUCUAUUACAUUUUAAAACCUCUGAUUUCUUUCAUAAAGCAUUCUACACUCUGCUCCCACGAGUUUCCCAGAAACAUGAGUGGUUCCUAAAGGAUUAUUUAAACUUUUUGUCAAUCUUUUUUCAUAUCACCUCCAUUAAAGAUUUUAUGAGAA